CAGAAAUCGUCUGCAUCAUGUACUCAACCACCACUUCCUCGAACCCUUCGCUUCUCGCUCUGUCUGGCACUCCCGCACAUUCCUCUACGACGGUCUCGAGUGUUGCGGCUGGUACGACGGCCCUCCAAGGCGUGCCCGCAAACGCCAGUCGCGGCCCACAAUGCUGCCACUGUGGCUGGCGAGGAGACCAUGCUAACAACUGCCCCUUCAAAUCGUGAGCCUUGGACCCGAGGACCAGGGCUCUACAAAAUAGCCCUCGUCAAAAACUGGCAUUCAAAAUUUGCAUUUUUCCCCUUUUUUGAGCUCGUUUGUGUUCAGGAUGACGGACCCAUAUGCACCAAUAUAUAUAUCCUCAUGCAGGUUUUUGAGACUCGCUCAUAUCGUACUUGUAUUAUAUAA